AUGUCAUCUGAAACUCCCUUUCGAAUCAACAUCCCGGACGAGAAACUCGCUACCCUUCGUGCUAAACUUGAGCUUGCCACUUUCCCGGACGAAUUGCAGGACGCCGGAUGGAAGUAUGGCCCACCUCUGACCGAUAUGAAACGACUCACAGAGAGGUGGAAAAACGGGUACGACUGGCGUAAGCAUGAAAAGGAAUUGAAUCAAGAGCUGCCAAUGUUUACCCGUGAUAUUCACGUGGAUGGUUACGGCGCGCUGAACAUUCACUAUGUUCACAAGAAGAGCAAAACUGUUGACGCCAUCCCACUGUUGUUCUCCCAUGGAUGGCCCGGGAGUUUCUUGGAAGUCAAGGGGAUGUUGCCCCUCUUGACUGCAUCGUCCCCUGAACAUCCUAGCUUCCAUGUUGUAGCGCUUAGCUUGCCCGGUUUUGGCUUUUCGGAGGGUCCACACAAACCAGGCUUUGCUCUUGAUCAAUAUGCCGAGGUAGCUCACAAACUCAUGCUCGCUCUCGGGUACAACGAAUAUGUCACCCAGGGAGGCGACUGGGGCUUCCUCAUCACUCGGAGAAUGGCCUCUCUGUAUGGUGGAAAGCAUCACAAGGCGUGGCACACCAACUUUCCAAUGGCCGACCCACCAACCUGGAAAUCGCCCCUAUCUUUCUUGUCGUACUUGCUAACCCCUUGGUCUGCCGAGGAGAAGGCAGGCGUCGAGCGCACCACGUGGUACCGCACCAAAUCAUCUGGUUACUUUGUUGAGCAGAGCACCUUCCCGCAGACACUCGCUUACGGUUUUACCGAUAGCCCUGUUAGUCUACUUGCUUGGUUUUACGAAAAACUGGUCAUCUGGACCGACGACUACAAAUGGACUGAUGACGAAGUGCUGACGUGGAUCUCAAUUUACUGGUUCUCCCGUGCUGGGCCCGGUGCCGCCCAUCGCAUUUACUUUGAGUUGCAUGGCGAUUUCUAUGAUCUAGGCCGUACUGGUUACCCCACUAUUCCUAUGGGAGCGUCGUAUUUCCCGAAAGAGCUCAUACUUUUACCUUCAGCGUGGCUGCGCAAGUUGAACAACGUUGUUUUCGAGUCCCAUCAUAAGUCAGGAGGCCAUUUUGCUGCCUACGAACGGCCGCAAGAGCUUGUUCAAGAUGUGCGGAAAAUGUUCGCGAAGGGGGGUCCUGCGUUCGCAAUUGUCCCUGGAAGAAGUGGAUAUGCUUGA